AUGUUUAUGAUGCCACUCCUUAUAAUUGUCGCUCGUCGAACAUGGGCUCUUUGGCGUCUCGGAAAGCUCUCUCAGAUUACUUCGCUGAAGAGCUUUUUGAAUCAUUUGGAUUCGCAUGAUCCAAAGACCGAGGAGGAGAGCAUGUUGCGCGCCGGUUCUGAUGACGAGGGCGAGCGAUUCUCGCGGGAGACACAGGAUCCUCCAAGUGGAAAGCUAGGGCUCAAAGCAACAGCUAGACUCAGUAUUCAGUUUUGUCUUCUCUGGUUUGCUGCGAAUUACUUCGCCAUGGGGUGUCUUCAAUUCACAUCAGUUGCAAGCACAACCAUCCUGACUUCCACCAGUGGUGUAUGGACCAUGGUCUUCGGCGCCCUAUUCCGUGUUGAGAGAUUCACUUUGCGCAAAUUCAUGGGUGUCAUCGCUUCUCUGAUUGGCAUUAUCUUGAUUUCGCGCGUCGAUCUCUCCGGCCCAGACACAGGUGAUGCUGGAGAUGGCAGCGAAGGCACAUUCCCACACAAAUCCCCAGGCGAGAUUGCUCUUGGCGAUGCCAUGGCGGCCUUCAGUUCUGUUCUGUACGGUCUCUACACCGUCGUGAUGAAGAAACAAGUUGGCGACGAGACCCGGGUAAACAUGCCACUGUUCUUCGGACUAGUUGGAUUCUUCAACAUUAUCCUUCUGUGGCCUGGUUUCUUCAUCCUGCACUGGACAGGAAUGGAGACUUUCUCCUUGCCCGAAACGUCCCGUGUGUGGUUCAUCAUUUUGUCUAACGCGCUUGCAUCAUUUGUCUCUGACAUUGCUUGGGCUUACUCUAUGCUUCUUACCACACCGCUUAUCGUGACAGUUGGACUCAGUAUGACCAUCCCGCUCUCCCUGAUUGGACAGAUGGUCCUACAGUCACAAUACUCCAGUCCUUUGUACUGGGUUGGAGCAACUAUCGUGGUCUCGUCAUUUUUGGUUGUGCAGCACGAGAGCAAGCCCCAGGAUGAUCUUGCUACUACUGCUGGAGCAGGCAGGUCCUUCUCGGGUGAGUAUAACAGCAUUCCCGUUGAAGAAGAGGAAAUGCGCUAG